GUUCGCCGAAGGUGCCGGCGCCGCGGCGGCCACCCUCCCUCACAGGAACUGAGGGGCCGGAGCUUUGGGCAGCAGCUGGAGCCGGCGGGGGCGGCGCCGCUGUCAGAGAGAAGUGCAGUGACCAGGGACGGGCCGAGCAGGGCUGUACUGACGAACCCGCUUCGGGGGACGCGGACGCCGCCGCUGCUGCCGCGGGCAAUGGCUCCGCAGUCUCCCGCGCUGUGAGCCGGUCCCCGCGCAGCCGCCGACGCCUCCGGCCGAAACCACUAGCCCGGGCCCUGACGGAGCCGCACCUUCUGGAGGGGCCGACCCCCGGGGCUGGCUGCGUGGGUCUAGGAGAGCGCGGAGUGGGCCGAGCUCGGACUCGACAUGUAAUCAUGGACUGCAGAACCAAAGAAAAUCCAGAGAGAACAUUCGACUUGGUAUUGAAGGUGAAAUGUCAUGCUAUUGAAAAUGAAGAACCGGUGGUACUGUGGAAGUUCCCAGAGGACUUUGGAGACCAGGAAGUACUACAGAGUGUGCCAAAAUUCUGUUUCCCUUUUGACAUUGAAAGGGUUUCCCAAAAUCAAGUUGGACAACACUUUACAUUUGUGCUCACAGAUAUUGAAAGUAAACAGAGAUUUGGAUUCUGUCGUUUAACAUCAGGAGGCAAAAUUUGCUUAUGCAUCCUUAGCUACCUUCCAUGGUUUGAGGUGUACUACAAGCUUUUAAAUACUUUGGCAGAUUAUUUGGCUAAGGAUCUGGAAAAUGAUUUGAAUGAUAUGCUAAAAUCAAUAUACAGCCACCCUGUACCAAAGGCAAACACUUCUGUCAGUUUGAAUGUGCAGUCUUACUUCGUUGCCCCUGAUUUAACUGGACUACCAACAAUACCUGAAAGUAGAAAUCUUACAGAAUAUUUUGUUGCUGUGGAUGUGAACAAUAUGCUGCAACUGUAUGCCAGUAUGCUACAUGAAAGGCGCAUCAUCAUUACUGCUAGCAAAUUAAGCACUUUAACUGCUUGCCUUCAUGGAUCAGCUGCACUGUUAUAUCCAAUGUACUGGCAACAUAUAUAUAUCCCAGUGCUUCCGCCACAUCUACUGGACUACUGCUGUGCCCCAAUGCCAUACCUGAUUGGAAUUCACUCCAGCCUCUUAGAGAGAGUAAAAAAUAAAUCAUUGGAGGACGUGGUUAUGUUAAAUGUUGACACAAACACUUUGGAAACACCAUUUAAUGACCUGAGCAACCUACCAAGUGAAGUGGUCUCGGCCUUGAAAAAUAAACUGAAGAAGCAGUCUACAGCUACGGGUGAUGGAGUAGCUAGGGCCUUUCUUAGGGCUCAGGCUGCUUUGUUUGGAUCCUACAGAGAUGCAUUGAGAUACAAACCUGGAGAGCCCAUCACUUUUUGUGAGGAUAGUUUUGUAAAGCAUCGUUCCAGCUUAAUGAAGCAAUUUUUGGAAACCGCAGUGAACCUUCAACUUUUCAAGCAGUUUAUUGAUGGUCGACUGGCAAAACUAAAUGCAGGAAGGGGGUUUUCUGAUGUAUUUGAAGAAGAGAUCACUUCAGGUGGCUUCUGUGGAGGAAACUCAAGAUCUUAUCAGCAAUGGAUGCACACAGUCAAGAAGGGAAGUGCGUUAUUUAAUACAGCAGUGACCAAAGCAACCCCAGCCGUACGAACAGCAUAUAAAUUUGCAAAGAAUCAUGCUAAACAAGGAAUAAGAGAAGUAAAGAGUAAACUAAAACACAGGGAAAAUGAAGAAGACUAUGGAUCUUGCUCUGGUUCUGUACAGUAUACACCAGUUUACACAUUACACAGUGAAAAAGGUGGGAAGCUAGAGAAGCAUAAACUACCACAGGCACGCUUAAAAAGACAAAUUAAAAGCACUGACUGUGUCCUGUUUGAAGAUGAAGAUGAUGACAUCGACAGAGCAAGCAAGUUAUCAUCAGAAGACAGCGAGGAAGCUUCUGCUUAUUUUUAUGAAAGUGAUGAUUCUGUUGAAGCUAGAGUAAAGACUCAUUACCCAGGUGAAAUGGACUUACUAGGAGAAAUCCUUGAUACUUUGAGUACACAUAGCUCAGAUCAAGGAAAGCUAUCAGCAGCAAAAAGCCUGGAUUUUUUUAGAUCAAUGGAUGAUAUUGAUUACAAGCCUACGAACAAAUCCAAUGCACCUAGUGAGAGUAAUCUGGCUGUACUUUGUAGCAGUUCUAACGAUCAAGCUGAAUGGAAUCUUGGUCAGGAUGAUAGCGCUCUCCGUGGGAAGCAUCUCCCACCAUCCCCAAGAAAACAUGCUUCUUCUGCUGGUUUCACAGAAUCUCUCUUCAUUCUGAAAGAGGAAAACAGUGAAAAACACCUCAGUGCCAACAAUGUGAAUUGCCCAAUGAUGGUGGCAAAUUCAGCUUCUCCUGUAGACUCAGUUCUACACCUUGGUUCUGCAGAAGAAUCACAAACAGAGAGUCCUUUCCAAGGAAAAACUGAAAAUAAUGAAACACUAAGCCAUACCUCAGAUGAUCAACUUAAUCUCAGCCUUAGACGACAUCUGUCUACUCUAGUUCCAUGGGAAAAAGAUGGGAAUGAAGCAAAGGAAACUUCUGGAGAUGUUGGACUACUUCAGGAAGUGGUGACAUUAUGCCAUAUGUCAUCUGCUUUCCAUCAUGGUUUAAACAUUUCAGAUGAUAACAGCAGCGGAAAUAAAGCUUAAGUUUAUUGUCAAAGGGGAAAUAACUUCCUUCAAAGGUUCAUAAGGAAUCCUCUUAGACUUUCAAGUUACAUGUUAAUCAGGUUUUGUAGGAAUCAUAACUCAUAAUUUCAAAAUACUGUUUGUUUUGGUACAUGAAUUUCGCCUAUUUCAGCAAUUUAAUGGCUAUUUCGUCCAUUGAUUUGUUUAUUUGGAGUCUUAAAAAUAAAGCCAACUGUGACGUUGUGCUCUUAGAUCAGGUACUAGUUUGUUGAGUCUCCAUAUUUAACAUGAUUGCCCCUGGAAUAUGGUGCUUAAUGUCAUCCAUUUUAUUUAUCCAGAGGGAAGCAUAUAUAGCUUUCAGAUAACCAAUUAGUGCUGCAUUCAUUUGGUUGAGCAUGAGCUGAACAAGUUGUUAGAAAAUGAGCCUGAUCAGCAAACUGCCUUAAUCUUAAGCCUAUAUUAAAUAUUACACAAUGAUCAUGAGUGAUGUAUGGGACUAUACUUCAUUGUCUCAGAAGGCUAAUGUUCUCAAGAGCAAUAAUGACUUUUUAUGCAUUGAAUCAAGGGCCAAAAACAUUUUUUUUCUGGAUUAAAAGAAUCUAGUAGAAAUGUUGCAUAUAAUUUAUAGAAAGAAAAAUAAGGCCAUGUCUUCCAAAAUUUGAAAGGUACGAACUCACCUUGUACUCAGUAUGUGAAGUGCUGAAACAUAAUGUGAAGUCAGUGAACUUCUGUUUACAGCUGAGACACUUUAAAUAGUUUCUACUGUCCCCCGUGUACAUCUCUACUAUCUAGGAGUCUUGAGUAAGGGAAAUAUGGGAUAAACUGAAUUCACAGACAGUGUUGCUAAGAUUCAUUUUAUUUUUACAAACUAAUCUUUUGAAAUACCAUUUACUUUAAAUUUUAACAUUUCUCUGGAUUUUGAAAUUUUGAAUUAGGUUUAAUAUCUUCCUAGAUUUUGGAAAGGAAUAAUGAUCUAUUUCAUAGUGGUAUAGGAUACAUCCAAAAGUACAGCUAGAAAAAACAGUGAAAUGUUACAUUUUAAUUGGUUCUGCAACUUUUCUAUAUUAUACACAACUAUAUCAUCAAAAACAAAGAAAAUGGACAGUAAUUUUAGGAAAAGAUAAUAAAACAGUCUACUUGGAGAAUUUUGAGAGGCAGUCCGAUGAACAUUAGAUAUUCACUAUGAAAUAUUUACUAAAGGGAACAAUUUUUCCAUAUAUGUUUGGUUUCUUAAGUACAUUUUUAGUUGCCCAAGAUCUUUUAAAAAAAUACAAAGCAAGGGCUGUUUUUUUUCUUGUCCACACUCCAGAAUUACAGUUGGUCACUUUGAUAUCCAUUUGGUUUUCAAAUAGAAUAAUGUGUAUACUGUAUAGCUUUUCUGAAGAAAAAAAAAAUUUUGAAAUAUCUUUUUAUAUUACAAAAACUCAAAGCUUUAUCAGAUAUUGCCUUAAUAAUCUGCUCAUUCGAAAUUUCCAUUAUAAUUCAUUAAGGUUACAUGCAAUGAAAAGAUUUUAUUUUGUGAAUAUUGUUUUAAAUAAUAGAAAAGAAACUAUAGGAUUGCUGAACAAUUUCUGAAAAGUAAAUUAUAUCACCUACCUUAAUUGGCAAGUACUACUUUACUAUUUGCAAAAAAACAGUUAACUGAGAUAGUUCUUAAAAAUAAAGUUUAACAAAAAUUAUUGCUUUAGGAAUCAUUCACAUCUCUGAACUUUAAAAAAUAACUGAAAUGUAGAAUAUGUAAAAUUCAUUUUCGUCCAUUUGCCUAAUUGCAUGAAUCAUGAUUGUAUCCCAUGGCCUGUGUUUGCCUCCUAAAUCCUUCACAUAGUGUACAAGGUGGGCAGUUAUACAAAUGUGAUCAUUUUGCUGAAAAAUGUUUUGCCAUAAAUAUGUAAGUUACAUAUCUGAUUAAGUGAUUUAAGGUACGUUUUUAAGAUGGUGUAAGUUAUUUUUUUAGUUUCAAUGACAUUGUAAAGGCUAACAUUUGUGCCUUACUCAAACAUAUAAAAUUGGUAGUUGUCCAUAAUUUUAAAAUCCUUUGUUACUGCCAAAAUAGCCACAAAAGUAGCCAACACUGGUAUUUCAAGGCAUUAAUUUAUACCUAUAUUCAUAGGUCAGUAGUCUUCAUAGUGUUGUAGGUAGUCUAAUAAGAAUAGUCCAGGAAUUAAACUAUUCUUAAUUUCUUUUUUUUCUUCCUUUUAUAAAAUUACUGAUAAUUGAUGAUGAAACAAAUUUAAUUUAUACAUUUCUCUCUUCUCUUAAGGAAAAUUAUCAUGAAAGAAUUUUUAGAGGAAUUAGGAUUAUAUUGAUUAAUAAGGACUCCCUUUUAAUUUUUCAAUUCUUCCUCAACAAAAUCUUGGCCGUUAUUUAGUUCCUAUCAACAAAGAGUCCUGUAUGCUUCAGACUUUGAUCCAGUUGUCUUAGGUACCAUAUAUACUCUAUUUUUGAGGAAGAAGAAGGGAUAGGAAAGUUAGAAACAGGAAAAUUCAGACUUAGAAACUGUAAUUUUGUUUAAAAAUGGCACAUUUAGCCAUUAUGUCUUUUUGAAUAAAUGUAAAACCAUAAAUGUAGAACAGGAUUUUCUUUUCUGAUUAAAUAAGUA